AUGAUUGACAAAGCAUGGGUGCAUCUAAGCAGGGUUGAUCCUUCAUAUGAGACAGGGGCUUCAAAGUUUGUACGUGAUGUUGCUUCAGCUCUGGGAGUGAUUGAUAUGAUUGUAUGUCCUUGCAUUGACUGCCGAAAUAUUGAUCGUCACUCGGGAAGUGUAGUACUAGACCAUCUAGUUACCAGGGGAAUGGAGGAGGGUUAUAAGAUGCGGGCUGAUUGGUAUCUACACGGUGAACUCAACUCAGGGGUUGCAGGUGAAAGCAGAGCAAGUGAAUGGAAUGAUGAGAUAUUUGGGUUAUACAGAGUUGCUGAGUGUUUUGAUGAAGAGUUAGCUGACACGGGGGAUUUAUCUGAGAAGGCAGAGGGAGACGACAAGAAAGAAGACGAGUUCUUGGCAAAGCUAGCUGAUGCUGAAACACCCUUGUAUCCGAGCUGUGUCAACCAUAGUAAGCUAUCUGCAAUUGUCUCAUUAUUUAGAUUGAAGACUCAUAAUGGGUGGUCUGAAAAGAGCUUCAAUGAUCUGCUAGAGACAUUGUCGGAGAUGUUACCAGAGGAAAAUGUUCUCCACUCUUCACUGUAUGAUGUGAAGAAAUUUUUGAAAUCCUUUGACAUGGGUUAUGAGAAGAUCCAUGCAUGUGUUAAUGACUGCUGCCUAUUCAGAAAGAGGUUCAAGAAGCUUGAGAAGUGUCCAAAAUGUAAGGCUUCAAGAUGGAAGACUAACAUUCAUACUGGUGAGAAGAAGAAAGGCGUCCCACAGAAAGUCUUACGUUACUUUCCCAUAAUACCAAGACUGAAGAGGAUGUUCCGGUCUGAGAAAACCGCCAAGGACUUACGGUGGCACUUUAGCAACAAAAGCAGUGAUGGAAAGCUUCGUCACCCUGUUGAUUCAGUGACCUGGGAUCAGAUGAAUGCUAAAUACCCUACAUUUGCAGCUGAAGAAAGGAACCUCAGGCUUGGACUUUCAACAGAUGGAUUCAAUCCAUUCAACAUGAAGAAUUCGAUAUACAGUUGCUGGCCUGUUUUGGUGGUAAACUACAACUUGCCACCAGACUUAUGCAUGAAGAAGGAGAACAUCAUGCUUUCAUUGUUGAUUCCUGAUCCACAGCAGCCUGGUAAUAGUAUAGAUGUGUACUUAGAACCCCUCAUUGACGAUCUGAACAGUCUGUGGAGCAUUGGAGAGAUAACAUACGACGCUCUGACUCGAUCAACAUUUACUCUUAGGGCGAUGCUGCUCUGGACAAUCAGUGAUUUUCCAGCUUAUGGGAAUCUUGCCGGCUGCAAAGUAAAAGGUAAAAUGGGGUGUCCGUUAUGUGGGAAAAACACUGAUAGCAUGUGGCUAAAGUUCAGCAAAAAACAUGUCUACAUGUGCCAUAGAAAGGGUCUGCCACCAACUCAUAGUUUCUGGGGAAAGAAGAAAUGGUUUGAUGGCAAAGCUGAACAAGGAAGAAGGGGAAGAAUACUAACUGGACGUGACAUUUCUCUACAUCUAAGAAAUUUCAAGAAUGAUUUUGGAAAUUUCAAAGGAUCUGCAAGUAAGAGGAAAAGGAUUCAAUGUUCUGUUAAUUUAGGCUCUGAUAAUGAGGGUUUAUCGAGUGAAUCGGAGGAAGAGGAAGAUGAAGAAAUACAAGUAGAUGAAGAUGAGUUAUCUAGAUGGAAGAAGAGGUCAAUCUUCUUCAAGCUACCUUAUUGGGAGGAACUUCCAGUGAGGCACAACUUAGAUGUAAUGCAUGUGGAGAGAAAUGUUGCUGCCAGUUUAGUGUCAACGUUAUUGCACUGUGAGAAAUCAAAGGAUGGUCUUGCAGCUCGUAAAGAUCUUGAGGAGCUUGGUGUCUCAUUAGAGGACUGUAAACUCACAGGGUUGAAAUCACAUGACUACCAUGUGUUAAUGCAGCAACUUCUGCCCAUUGCACUUAAAGGGUUGUUACCAAAAGGACCGAGGCUUGCAGUUUUUAGAUUCUUUCCUCCAAGCUUCUUUGAUAUCAUGCUCCAUUUGACUGUCCAUCUCGGAAGAGAAGCCCGACUUGGUGGUCCAGUCCACUUUAGAUGGAUGUACCCAUUUGAAAGGUACAUGAAAGUCCUUAAAGACUUUGUAAGGAAUCCUGCAAGACCGGAGGGAUGCAUUGCUGAGUCCUAUCUAGCUGAGGAAUGUAUCAGGUUCUGUAAUGAAUUUUUGAAGAAGACAACAAAUGUUCAAGAGAAAGUAGAUAGAAACAUGGAGUAUGACAACAAUUCUAUCUUAGAGGGUCGUCUAAUAUCCACAGUCAACAUCUCCAAUAUUUGCAAGACACAGAUGGAAGAUGCUUGCGAGAUGCCUCAACGUUAUGGAGUGCCUCUUGAUUCUACAGAACAUGAUGAAACACUUAAGUGGAUAGCUUAUGGUCUACGAUGUUCAGCUAGGUCAUAUACGGGAUUCAUAGUUAAUGGGCUGAGAUUUCAUACGACUUUAGUUGAUAGGAAAAGUCAGAACAGUGGGGUUUAUUAUGAGGCUACAGCUGUUUGUAGAUCUAGUGCCACAGAUACAUCACAGGUGGUAGAUUUGGUAUCUUACUACGGCAGAGUAACUGGCAUCAUUUUGGUGGAUUAUAAUAUCUUUUACGUUCCUCUUUUCCGGUGUCAAUGGGCCGUUAAAGGUAAUGGAGUGAAGAUUGAAGAUGGUUUUACACUUGUUAACAAGAAUCAUAGUCAAGCCUCCUUUGCAAGUGACCCGUACAUACUAGCAUCUCAAGCGAAGCAAAUCUUUUACUCUAGGGAAGAUGAGUCGUCAAAUUGGUAUAUUGUUAUGAAAGGUCCGUCUAGAAGAUAUAGUAAGGAGGAUAUUCAAGAGGGAACUGCAGACAUUGGGCUAUUGCCAUCAAAUAUUGACAUGGAUGCUGACAUUGAUGAAGCUGAGAAUGCCAGAACUGAUUGUGAAGGCAUAUAUGGGUGA